UAUCGCCAUGGAUGUUAACCGUUGGAGCUAGUACCAUUGAUAGGGAGUUCACAAAUUUCAUAGUCCUAGGGAACAACAAGAAACUCAAGGUACGUACGUACUUAUAUCGAACACAACCUAAACUUAGAAAACUUGAAUGAGUUCUACUUUCUAUCUUAACUAUGUCCCAACUAUAAAAAUCCAGGGUGCAAGCCUCUCUUCUAAGGCAUUAACAGAAGACAAGUUCUACCCUUUAAUCAACGCUGUGGAUGCAAAAGCCAACAAUGUCCCAGAACUUGCGGCGGAAGUUUGUGAGGAGGGAACACUUGAUUCCUCCAAAUUGAAUGGGAAGAUUGUGGUUUGCCUUGUUGGGGUUAAUGCAAGAGUGACCAAAGGUUAUGUGGCUGCUCAGGCAGGGGCUGUUGGGAUGAUCCUGGCUAACGAUCAACAAAGUGGGAAUGAGAUUAAAGCUGAUCCACACAUCAUUCCAACAUCCCAUGUAACCUAUAAUGACAGUAUAACCAUCUCUCAAUAUAUCAGCUCUACAAGGACACCCAUGGCUUACAUCAGUUCGGUAACGGCAAAGCUCGGUGUCACGCCAGCCCCAACCGUGGCUAGGUUCUCAGGGAGAGGCCCAAGUAUAAUCGAGGAGUCAAUCCUCAAGGUUUCUUUUUCUCAAGCUUUAAAACGUUUCAAUUCAAAUGCAUGCUAA